CGCGGCGGUCUAAGUGUGCGCGUGCGCGUGCAGGCGUGGCGGCCCGAGUGGGGAGGAGGGAGCAGGGAGGACGAAAGAGAGAGACGGGAGGAGGGAGCUGAGAGGAGGGAGGAAAGGAGAGGAGAAAGAAGGGAGGAGGGACCAGGGCGCAGAAGGGACCAGGGCGCGGGGAGGCAGCAGGCCGGACCCGGUCGCUGCUCCCUCCCCGGGUGGCUCCUCGGCCAGCGGGUGCUCGCCGCGCCUCCAGCCCGCCGCCCUCCUGCUCCCUGCCCGCCCCGCGCCUCUCCUCUGUCCCGGGCUGCCGGCCCCGCUCUUCACCGGGAGAGAUGAGUGCGGCCACGGCGCCCGAGCGCGGCUGGAAGAGCGAGAAAGUGGACGAGGCGCAGGCCCUGGCGCGGAGCUGCGCCGCCCGCAGACCCGACUUCCAGCCGUGCGACGGGCUGUCUAUCUGUGCCACGCAUAGCCAUGGCAAGUGCUUCAAGCUGCACUGGUGCUGUCACCUGGGAUGGUGUCACUGCAAAUAUGUGUAUCAGCCUAUGACCCCUGUGGAGCAGCUCCCAAGCACAGAGAUCCCUGCAAGGCCGCGAGAGCCGACCAACACCAUUCAAAUCUCCGUCUCGCUCACUGAACACUUUUUGAAAUUUGCAUCUGUCUUCCAGCCUCCGCUUCCCCCUGACUCGCCAAGAUACUGUAUGAUUUCUGAUCUCUUCAUCGACAACUAUCAGGUUAAAUGUAUUAAUGGGAAGAUGUGCUAUGUGCAGAAGCAGCAGGCACCCCAUUCCCAGAAGGUGAGCCCUGAGGAGGUCUCUGCGCACGAUGCCUUAAUUUCUAAAGAGAGUGACACUCCGAAACUGGGUCACUGCUCCUCCCCUUCCGGUUCUGAGGACUCGGGGAUCAACGCAAUUGGGGCUCACUAUGUGGAAUCCUGUGACGAGGACACAGAAGAAGGGGCGGAGCUGAGUUCCGAGGAAGAUUACAGCCCUGAGAGCAGCUGGGAACCCGAUGAGUGCACCCUGCUCUCCCCAUCGCAGUCCGAUCUGGAAGUGAUCGAAACGAUGGAGACCACUGUGUAGGCAGCUGGGAACUGCGGCCAGGGCUCUACCCUGAGCUUCUUCUGUUCUUUGAUUUGAUGAGUCCUUUUCCAAUAUCUUGGCAUUUCCCAAGCCCUAUUACUAACAUUAGCAGUCCAGUGGUCUGCUUAGUGUUCCCCUUAUAUUACCUUGUAAUGACAUGGUUUCCUUUUGUAUCUUGCUUUCUAUGUAGCAUCUGGUGUCAUGAGUUGUGACCCAGCCUUAAUUUCACUGAGAACUUUGAGAGCGGUGGUGACCACAGCGUAUCAUAGGUCACAUGGAGGAGCUACCCAGAGUGGAAGUAACCAUAUUUUACCAGGAGCCUGUCCUUUGUGGUUAAGGCUCUUGCUCAGCUCAGCUUCCCUUUGGCGUGUCAUGUGACACCUCUGUCCUGUUGGUUUCUGGGUAGGGGAGCAGCUCACUUCUGGAAACAAUGUUGCAGCCAGUGUUCCCUCCCUUCCUCUUCUGUUUGCCACCCACAUUGGCUCAGGACAAGAGUAGCUUCUGCUACUUCUAGAAGGUCCUUGGAGGCCCUUUUGACUCCUGGUGAUGGCCCUGUUACCGCUCUGUGACUUUUCCAAAGGGUCUCUCCAGUUUGUGUCCAGUCCAGCGGGGAUUCAGGAGGAUUCAGUUCUGGUUCUCACCUCCAAGGGGCCACAUUGUAGUACAGGACACAAGUCAAGCAGCACGUUGGGCCAGGAGGAUGUUGGGAUCAGGGGAAGGAGAGGUGGACCUUGCCUGGGCUGGCUGAGAACGUUGCUCCAGUGUCUGAGCUGGCCCCAGGUGGGUUCGACAGCAUCCACUGCCCUUCUUGAUUGUUUUUCAGUUCAGGGAGAAGCAUUUAGUAGAUAUUAUAUUUAGGAGGUAACACAUCUGACAUCUUAAAAAAAAAUACACAAUAGUUUUAGUUAGCAUGAAAAUGCUAAGAGACAGAAGUCCUUUAGGGAUUAGGAAUGAAUCUAAUAGGUUUGAUCAAUUCUGCUUCGUUUGGUUGUAUGAAGCAUUAGAAUGGCUUAGAUGAGAAAUGGACUAGAAUUUUGUAUGGUGCAUGGAUUUUAUGCAAAUGCAAAAACAGUUGAGAUAGCUCACUGCUGAGUCAGGAAGAUGUUUUAUGUAACACUUCUUCACUUUACUACACUGGAAUCCACACACAUUGUGUGGAUUCUCUCUCACACACAAAAUAGUGAGUAAUUCUUAUGUAGCUUUCUUCAAAACUCUGUUCCUAAUUUGCUAUCAACUGUGUAUUCUCAUGUGAUCUUAUUAUCUGCCAUUUCCCAAAAUUUAUCUGUGAGGCAUAGUACAAACCUGGGACUUUGAACAUAUACUGUCAUAAAACAAGAGUCGCAGAGAGGCAAGGAGAAUCACCUCAGAUCCUGGCUGUCUGAGCAGGCACCGUGGCCUUGCUGUGUGGCCAGCAUCUCAGCACAGCCCUCUGUCUCAUCCCUCUGUGUCCUGCAGGCAAAGAGACCAUGCUCCCCCCCAACCCCCGUAAUUAAAUUUGAGGACUCACACCAAGGACCAGUAUGCACAGGAAGUGAGGACUCACCAAGGACCAGCAGGUAUAGGGAAGACAGGUGGGGGCUGCCAUAUCUCGGCUGGCAGGCCAUUCUGCUGGCUUAGGAUGGCCUGGUGACACCUGGUAGGUCCUACCUGAGGAUUGUGGUGCCUUGCUGGCAUGGAAACAAAACACAUGAGUCACACAUGCCUCAUCCUGCAGUUGGGGCUGCGAUGGACAGCAGUGGCACCACCCUCAGACGUGCGGGGUGGGUGAGGUCUUCAGACCCUGAGGGGGAGAGGCAGACACCCAGCAGGACUUACUCCUGCACCUUUCCUAUCGACUUUUUUGCUACAGGGCCACUGCCACAAAUACUGAACUAACUGGGGUCUAGAACCUGGGCUCCAAAGCCAUGAAAACACGCGGUCGGUCAUAACCAAAGUCCUGAAGCUCAGUUGCGUGUUGGGUUUGCUCCCUUUAUCAGUAACACCUGCAGCUUCUGUCCAGAGUCCUGUUUUCUAAACCCCCGAAACUGCCACUCAGAUUUGCCACCAUUGUGAUGGGAUUUUUUUUUUUUUUGGACUUAAUAACAAUUGAUGAUCACAUUAAAUAUUUGUACAAUCUCUUUAUAAUUACACCCACUAAGCUUCACUUGCCGUUUUAUAAAAUUGGACACGUUCCCUUGCGUUCUUGUAUCUCAAACAGCCUUUUCUAAGUAAGCACAGCCGAGAGAUUUUGGUUUUCUUCUCCUAACAGUGUUCAUACCAGUGACUGUCUGAAAUAUGAUUAAGCCAGAAUCAUUUCUCUACGCUUGCAUUCCGAGAUCAGCCGAAAGGACUAUAAAAAAAAUGUAUAGCUUAACUGCAAUUCUAGGCCUAUUCUGUUCUUUGUUCUAUGAAAGAAUUUCUCUAUAAUCCUGAUAUUAUAGUGCUGAUUUGUAUAUGCGUAUUCAUAGGCACUUUAGAAAUACUUAGACAUAACAUGCACUAUAGGCGGUAAGCACAGUCGUGUUAAGUAGGCUUUUGACUAACACUUGUACAGUGAGAGAGACAAAAGCCUGCUAUCUGGACCUUACAGGAUGCUUGCCUGGAGCGAGGCUUGGACCACGUGGAUGGGUUUCUGUGGGAUUCUGGCACUGUUACCACUUUUUUGAAAGGUUGUUGGGUACCAGGGUAAUCCCACUAAAUGUGGAGUAUACUUUUCUUACCUAACCAAGAUUUUAAGUUUCAAGUGUGUCCAUAGAUUUUUUUUAAAGAAAUGACAAAGCAAUUAAAGUCCUUUUGGGGAUAACUAUUUGAUAUCUUAAAAAAAAGAAAAAACUUUAAAACCUGGGUGGGGUUUUUUUUUUUUUUUGCCUUUAACAUUUAAGGAAUAAUAUGAGAAUUUGAGGACAACCCUGAAGAAAAAGUUGUUUUCCUAGAAGAAAAGACUCAUGCCUCAAGGUGACACAGUACAGAACAGACUAAAACUGAGCCACAGUGUCUAAACACAACACAGUGUAAUACAGAGUCAGUGUCCCAACAGGCCACAAUGCAACACAACACAACACAAUAUAAUAACAACACAACACAAUAUAAUAACAACACAACACUGAGCCUCCAAGUCCAGAGCAACCACAUGGCUGUUUUCUGACAAGCCUUUAGGAUAUGAUCUAGGAUCUGAUUGUCUCGUUUACUUCUUAACCUCACCUGCUUGCCUGAUUGAAAUAACUUGUUCUUCUAGGGUUGAUCAGAACAAAUUAUUCUUAUGCAAAUUUGAUUGCAACCAGACACUUUAGAAAGUCAAAAUAUCCAUAUAUGCAUGGUAGUGUAGAUACUGCCACGUAAGGAAAAAAAAAAGCACAAAUUUAAGUAAAAUACUAUUUAUGUCAUCUGCUCUUGAUUGUCCCCGAAUCCUAUUUGCAAAACUUUAUUGCCAUGGUUUUGGCUUUUUACUCGAGGAAAAUAUUCUAACUGGUCUCUUUCCUUGCCGUUUGUCUAGCGGUGCUGUGAACUAGAGCCUUGGGUGGAGGCCGGGUACCCUGCGCUUUGCGGGGAGUGUCACUGUGCCCCUUCUCUGUACCACGCAGCUCAGAGCACCAUCUUAAACCUCAGUAUAAACACAAGGGCAUUUCUCAAAGUGAAUUUGUUUUUAAAUCUCACCUUGUUGUGACUAUGCUGCCUGAACAUGGGUGUGUGUGGUCCAGGGAGGGCUAGGCAGCGGGAAGCCUGCCUGGGGUUUAAGUGGCGCCUCGCCACGCCUCGCCUCGGGGCACUGUGUGGGCACCUGUGUUAAGGCUGUCUGUACCUUGCAGUAGUCACCUGCUGUGCUGGGUUCUUUUGAAUCUGUUUUGAAGUUUAAGCACAAUGUUGACCCUUCUGUAAUUUCCUAAAAUUACAUUGUUUUCCUAAGACAGCUUAACUUUAGGAAAGUACUGCUGUACAAUAAACGUGGUUUCCUUUUGUACUACAAGACUGCCAUUGGAGUUUUUGUAUCAGGUGUAUACUGUGUGUUAGGAAAUAAGCAAUUCAUACUCCUCACCCAUUCAAACUUCCCAGAUCUUCGUGUAUGUCUCACUACUCCUGUUAAUUCCCAGAAGUCCAUGUAAAACCUUGUGUUGGCUCACAUCAGGUUGAUAUGAAGUAAAGAACUAUGACCCAAUAAAUAACAUUUUUUUCCA